UGUAAUUGAAACUGUGCUGAAUUUGCUUCAAGGUUCACUCUCGUCACAUGUAGGCCAAGGAACGAUGGAGCUCUCUGCCGAUGCCUUCUCUCUUCACAGUGGCGUCAUGGAACUUGGCUAUCAAGCUGAAAUGCAUCUCCCUGGAGGGCAAAACUUCAAGGUCCCCCUUGUCUCCACCCCACUUCCUCAUGCACCACUGAAUGGGUCCCCCAUGAACAUGCUCCUGAGUGGAAACUUACUCAAUGUUCUGCUCCUGGCCCUGGUGCCUCCCCAGGCCUUCACCGUUCCCAAAAAGGAGCUCAACCGGUGGAGCCAAGCGGGUGCCUUCCGCUUUGUGAUACCCCAGGCUUCCAACGCACAGAUGAUGCAGAUUGCACACCGGGUUCUAUUGCUCUUGAUAGAACCAGGAAAGGUCCAGGUGCAGCAGAAUAUAGAGAUGAGGCUCUACGGCGAUCAUCCCAGGGGUGCCUACCAAGUCCUCCUUGCCAUCCGUGCCAGUGUCAAUUCGGUGGCUGGUGUUUCUGCCGACAAUGGGAGACUGAAACUCACUCUGGGCCUUCAAGGAAUUAGCAACAUCUCUGUGAUAAGGUCAUCCAUUCGAAAUGUUGAUGCUGAGCAUCUGACUGGCAUAAUCAGACAGCUGGUGUCCACCUUGCUUCUACCACGCCAGAACCAGCUGCUCGCUGAGGGGAUGCCUCUACCACUGGUGGGGAACCUUGGAGUCCAUCAUCUCGGUGUUGCUCCUGGCCAUAAUGUCCUCAAGCUCUUCAUUCCACCCAGCUUGAGGUCUGCCCAGGCCCCUGUGGCUGUCUGACUGUGGGAAGCGACUUUCUGACCCGGUGGAGAGGAGCUGACCUGUGCGAGGUGGACUUUGCUGCUGCUGCUGCUUCCCUCCCCACCUCCCACGCUGGGAUCACUUGAUUGUUUCAGUGCCUCGACUUUGACCCUGCAAACUCUGGAACGUUCACUCCCUUUGAUUCUCUGCACAAGGAGUGAAGAGCACGUGCAGAUCCUUUGUGAUCCCAGAUCCUGAAUGUCCAGAGCGGAAAUUAUCAAGGCUGAGAGGCUGGGCUUGGGUGAAUUUGAAAAUCCCCUCAGCCAGGAUUCACCUCCUGCUUGCUCUGAAUGUGGCCAUGCACCAAGAUUCUUGUGCAUAAAGACUGGCUUUCACUGUGGACUGUCUUUUGCUUGUUUCUCAAAUGUUCUGCUUGCUUCUCUUACA